AUGGCAAUGUUCCAAGAAACCAAAAAAUCUAACAUAUCUGAGGAUGAAGUUAGAUUGUUGUGGGCUAGAGUAAAUAUGGAAUUUAUGGAUGUAGAUUCUAUAGGAGCAACUGGAGGAUUACUGUGUGUUUGGGAUCCAGAUGUUUUCCAGAUUUCAGAGUGCUACAGCAAUAGGAGGUUUAUAAUACUAUCAGGUACUUUUUUUUUUAACUCUUUUGAGUGCACUAUUGUUAAUAUCUAUGCACCUAAUGAAGUGGGAUUAAGAGGGAAACUCUGGGACAGUAUAGUAAAGUUAAAGGAGGAGUUCCCUAAGCCUUGGUGUCUAGGUGGGGAUUUUAAUGAAAUAAGAAACACUGGUGAAAGAAAAGGAUGCUCAAGGAGAGAUCGGGGAAUGAGGGAGUUUAAUGAGUUUAUUGGCAGGUGCAAAGUGUCAGACUUGCCAUUGCUUGGUAGGAAGUUUACCUACUGUAACUCAAGUGAAGGUGAAAAGUGGAGUAGAAUUGAUAGAGUGUUAGUUGAUCCAAAGUGGCUGGAGGUAUUCCACGUAAAGUUGUUAGGUUUGCCUAGAUUGCUAUCUGAUCAUAGCCCUCUCCUACCGAUGGAGGAUGAGAGGGAUUGGGGUCCAAAACCCUUUAGGAUUGAAAAUGCAUGGUUUCUUCACAAAAACUUCCACUCUUUUGGGGAAAAUAGUUGGAAAGAGACUGCUGUAGUGGGGUGGGCUGGGUAUAUUUUACUAAAAAAAUUAAAAACCUUGAAGAUUGGCCUUAAGAAAUGGAAUGUGUGA